CAUUCGCCUCCUGCUCGGCUGUGCAGUGGACAAAUCAUCAAGCCCAACAGUAAUGUUAGUCGCUCUCGGCAGUACCUAGCACACAAUAGCGGUGUGGUGUUCGUUACCCGGUUCCCUUGCCAAAACGCGACACGCCAGCGAUGCCGCGCUAAGAUACACCAACAAGAUCUCGGUGCGUACGCCGUCGUUUCGCGUGACCCUCGCUGCGGACGACAUUUAUUAUUGUUAGCUCCCACUCCGAACCCUGCGUGCGUGUGUUGUUUUGCGGAGGUGCUUAAACGCGUGUGUGGUGUUCUACCGUCCUUCUUCUUUUUCAGUGUGUCUCUUCUCAAGCAACACAGCAUCUUUCGGCCACUGUUGGCCGUUUGAAGAUUGUUUCGUUAGCAAAAAGUCUCGUUUUCUGCACCGAACCGCUCGAGAGGCGUGUAAAAGGUACAACGGCAGAGAAAGUGUCGUGAAGAAAGUGGCAUUCCAACGGGAAGGCCAGUGCGUUAUCCGGGUCUGAGAUCAAGUGCCUUCCAAGUGUGUGUUUGAGUGUGUGAGUGAGUGUGUAUGUUCAUGUGAAGAAGUGAAAGAUAAGAUUGGCAGUUUUACAUCCCAAUCCCAAAAAAAAUUUGUCUACUGAUUGCCUGUGCUGUACGGCAACGUGCAAAAAGGGCGUGCAAAGUGCACUUGUCCCCUGCUGGUGUGUGGUAGUGGCUAUAAGUAAGUGAGUGUGUGUGUGUGUGUUUGUAGCGAAGGUAGCCGGAGGCGGCGGUAAAAGCGGCACAACGCGACAACAUGAUACACGUAGGUGACAAUACCUGGAACCUGAAGGUCUACAUUACCGACCUUCAGGUGCAGAAAACGCUGCGUGUCCGGGGCGAUCUGCACAUCGGCGGUGUAAUGCUGCGUCUGGUCGAUCCAGAAAACCCGAAAGAUUGGUCAGACCACGCACUGUGGUGGCCGACCCGGAACCAAUGGCUGACGCGCACCAAGUCAACGCUCGACCAGGUGGGCCUACACGCGGACGCCCUGCUGCACUUCACACCGAUGCACAAAACGUUGCGAGUUCAGAUGCCGGACCUCCGAUACCUAGACUGCCGGGUUGACUUCUCCAUCAAAACGUUCGGUGCGGUGGUCGCACUCUGCAAGGACCUUGGCAUCAGACACCCGGAGGAGCUGUCCCUCUGCAAGCCGCUCGAGCCGAUGCAUUUGAAGAAGAAUUACGCCGACCUGGCGAAGAAGAAGAUCCCGAUCGAACAGAAUGGCAACGGGCGGGACUACAUCCAUCUGGCGCCGGACACCAACACGUUCAUCCCGGUCGCUGCCCACAACCUGAACGGUAGCAACGGCAGCCUGGACGGCCCGGUCCACCAGGGACCGUUCUCGUGCGCACCGGUACCGAACGCGCACUUCUCCACGCCGAAACCGGCCCUCCAAAGCACACCGAUCAGCUCACCGACGGGCACACUACGACACGGCCAUGGGUCGGGCAAUAGCGAUUCUUCGUCCAGCACGGGCGAUGGGAAUGAAAACCUGGCCUACAGUCCGUACGCACCGAGCCCGGAGGCACGAUCGCGCCUGCUGAAGCCGAAAACGCUGGUCGAGCGGGCGCGCAUGAACAUUAGCUGGCUCGAUUCGUCCCUCUCCAUCAUGGAGCAGGGCAUACGGGAGUUUGAGACGCUCUGCCUGCGCUUCAAGUACUACACGUUCUUCGACCUAAACCCGAAGUACGACCAGGUGCGCAUCAACCAGCUGUACGAGCAGGCCAAGUGGCAGCUGCUGAACGAGGAGAUCGACUGCACCGAGGAGGAGAUGCUGAUGUUCGGCGCGCUGCAGCUGCAGGUGAACAAGCAGAACGAGGUGCCGCAGGCCGACUCGGGCAUCGACACCUCCAGCCUGGACAAUGCGGCAGACGACGACGUGGAUGCGGCACUGCGCGAGCUGCAGAUUACGCUCGAGGGACCGAGCAAUGGGGUGAACGCUGGCGACAUUACCCACAUCCCGGAGCUGACCGAUUAUUUGCGAUUCUUGAAGCCGAAAAAGUUCACCCUGAAGGGCUACAAGCGCUACUGGUUCACGUACAAGGAUCUGCAUCUGCAUCUGUACAAGUCGCGCGAGGACGCGCGCGCCAACAGUGCGCCCCAGGUGACGAUCAAUCUGCGCGGGUGCGAGGUGACGCCCGAGGUCAAUCUGGCGCAGAAGAAGUUCAACAUCAAGCUGGAGGUGCCGCUCGAGCAGAGCAUCAACAGCGAGAUGUGGAUCCGGUGCGACAACGAGGAGCAGUACGCAAAGUGGAUGGCCGCCUGUCGGCUCGCGUCCAAGGGCCGGUCGCUCGCGGACAGCUCGUACGACAGUGAGGUGGCCAGCAUCCGGUCCUUCCUCAGCAUGCAAAAGCCGGCCCAGGCACCGGCCAUCAAUAUCAAUCCGGGGGAGAUUGAUCCGAGCGAAUAUCUGGCACCGCGGUACGCGAAAAAGCUUAAAAGCAAGGCCAUGAUCCGCAUGCUGGAGGCGCACGCGAACGUGAAGGAUCUGUCGCUGAUCGAGGCGAAGCUGAGCUACAUCCGGGCGUGGCAGAGCCUGCCCGAGUUCGGCGUCACGCUGUUCGUGAUCAAGUUCGACGGGCACAAGAAGGAGGAGCUGCUCGGUGUCGCUAGCAACCGGAUCAUGAAGAUGGACAUUGCCACCGGCGACCAUUUGAAGACGUGGCGAUACAACACAAUGAAGGCCUGGAACGUCAACUGGGAGAUCCGGUGCAUGAUGGUACAGUUCCAGAACGAAACGGUCGUAUUCUCCUGUCUGUCGGCGGACUGCAAAGUGAUACACGAGUUCAUCGGUGGCUACAUCUUCAUGUCAAUGCGCUCGAAGGAAACGAACCAGACGCUCAACGAGGAGCUAUUCCACAAGCUAACGGGUGGCUGGAAUUAGGGAGGUGAAAGGGGAGACGUCAAUAAUAUGCCGUUCCCAAAACAAACACACACACAACCACAGUAUGGCAUGGCGAUGCCUUGGCAUAAUUUUACUUGUUUUACGUGUAAACUUUAAUCUUCGUUUUGACUCUUUUGUUGUACUGUACAUAACAUUAGUUGAUUAGAGAGUAUAGCGUUUACUGUAUAAUCGUGUCCCUCUCCCUAUCCAUAGGGAGGGGAAGAUCCCAAUUAACCCUUUCCGUUUGUAUUCUUUUGAGCCGUUGCUUCGGGAUGGUGUUGUGGCAGUUGGACCAAAGAUCGGCCGGGUCCCAUUGCUGUAUCACAGUUUUCUUUGGCAAAACACAAAGCUUUUGUUGUCUAACAAAUUUCUGCAGCAACAAGCAGAAGCAAAACCAAUUCGAUUUAGGAUAUGUGCGACACGCGAGCUCGGGCUUGGUGUCUUAGCUCCAGCGUGCGAUUGGAACUAUUUGUGUACGAGUUUUAGCUAGCAAUUGUUAAAAGAAAUAUUGGAAGCAAGCCCGAAGGAAAGCAAAAAGCGAAAAUACAAUCAAAUUGCCUUACUUAUUGAUAAUUAGAAGCGAAAGUAAAAGUAUUGAGGCGGCACGGUGAUUGCGUCGGAUUUGCCGCAACCAUCCGUAUCAAGCGGGAUUGAACGCGUAACGACAAUCGUGUCCGCGAUAGCCUUCCAAGCGGGUUGUAGUGGAUCCUGUACUGUCUUCCUGUACCUUUUUGCAGGAUAAUCAUGUGACAAAAACUAGAGAGAGAGAAAAAAAAAACGGUGCCUCUUUGCAAAAGGAUAAUGGCUGACGUAGGCUGUACCAUGCAUCUAUGCCAACGAUGGCAGUGAAUGUGAAUGUGUUUGUUCGUACGUUGUUUAGUAUGUUUGUAAUUGAGUUGGUCCCUUCUUCCUGCCUAAUUUUAACGCACUACUGGUUAACAAAAACUUAACUUGAAACAGCAACAACUUAGUAGACGAACCGGCGAGCGACGCAACUGUCGAAUGUAGACGCACCAAGCCCUUAUCCGAAGCUACUUAACAUGCUCGCACGGGGUGGCACUUAGCGAACAACUUACGCCUGAUUGGUGGAUAUCCACUUACAACUAGCACAAACUAAUUCGCUACCUCCCUUGCACUUACCGCUGUUGUUCGGGUUCGGGAUACAGAGCGAGGACGCACGCCAGUUCGCAGCGACAGGGGGGACGUACUGUUUUUUUUUGUCAUGUGUAAUUCGUUCUUCGUUUCGUAGGCAAACAUGUUAGGACUAAUUUUACUGUUGUACUGAAGCAAUAAAUUCGAUUAACAAUUAAUACCUGA